GGUCAACGGGAAGGGAAAACAGUAGAGUAUUACUUUGCGUCUUUGCCCAUCACUCUUUCAACAAACAUACCUUUGUCUGAGACGAGUCGGAAAGGGAAGAAAGAAAAAUGGAUUUGGAAUCAGUGAAGAGAUACUUAGAGACAGGAGGAUAUGAAGAAGACAAGAAUGCAUCAACCAUUGAAAAAAUGCCUCUCAGAUUCUUUGAAAGAUUUAUAAUGCAAGGCCUUCAUAUUGAUCUCAUUGAACCUGGGCGUGUUGUUUGCUCCAUGAAAGUCCCUCCUCGUCUUCUGAAUGGUGGCAAUUUCUUGCACGGUGGGGCUACAGCCACGUUGGUCGACUUGGUAGGAUCUGCUGCAAUAUUCACAGUUGGAGCUCCAGCAACUGGAGUUUCUGUAGAAAUCAAUGUUUCAUACUUGGAUGCUGCUUUUGCUGAUGAAGAAAUCGAGAUUGAAGCUAGGGUUCUUCGUGUGGGUAAAGCUGUUGGAGUUGUCAGUGUCGAGUUGAAGAAGAAAAAGACUGGGAAAAUUAUUGCUCAAGGGCGUCAUACUAAGUACCUAGCUGUCCCUAGUAAAAUGUAAAUGACCUGCAAAUUCUUAGCUUCUUCGUAUUCCUUCACUGGAACCAAUAAUGUAACUGAUAAAUAUUUGCAAUUAUAUGUAUCGACGAUCAUUACAAUGAUGCUUAGAAUGCUGGAUAAGAUCUUUGUUGCUGCA